AUGGAUAACUCCCAAUUGACUCUCACUAAACCACAGCAGGCACCCACUUCCUCCAUCCCUGGUAUCCAAGUUUGCAAAAGCUGUGCAGGAGCAGUUCUUCAUGCACAACAUCUCACAUUCCUUGAGUUCCAUACUUCUGUACGGCUUCUGUGGGCUGCAUCAAGAAAGUACAACUUCGACCUUCAUGUUUUAGAGUUUAAAGCACAAGAUGCAGAGGAUAGACUCGAAACGGUUGCCUCUCAGGCUCAAAAGAUGGCUGACAUUGUUACAGAACAAUGGAUUCAAAUUCAGCGGCUUGGGCAGGCUUCUGCUUGA